AUGCCAUUUCAAAGGGCUCAAGGAAAGAACUUUGCACCGAGGGGUAGAAAUUUCAAGCGUGAAGGCUUUAUUCCGCAAUAUAAUCAAGGUCAAGGUAGUUUCAAGAGGCCGAAUAACAAUGCCAAUCAUGGAAGAAGGUAUGGAAAGCAGCCACAGAGUGAUCUAAGCUGUCAAAGGUGCGAGAAGCAUCAUUUUGGAGUCCCAUGCAGAGUAGGAUUAGGGGUGUGUUUCUUUUGUGGACAACCCGGGCACUUGGCUUGGAAUUGCUCAGAAAAGAAGAAGUAUGAGACUGGUAGAGUGCAGCAACCAGAAAAAGUGUGCACCACUUCUACAGCAGGUGCCGAAGGAUCCAAAACCUUGAUUAGAGGUAACUGUGAAGUAGCUAGAAAAAUUUUAAGUGCAUUGUUUGAUUCUGGGAUGAUGUAUUCAUUUAUAGAAUUUGAAAGGGCUAGUGAGUUAGAACUAAAGAUUGUGGUCUUAGGUUACGAUUUAAAGAUUCAUAAUGCCACUUUUGAAGCCAUUGUGACUAGGCUAGGAUGUCCACAAGUCUCGUUUCGGGUUCAACAACGUGACUUCAUUCUUGAUUUGAUCUGUUUACCAAUGAUUGGUUUGGAUUUCAUUUUGGGACUGGAUUGGUUAUCUAAGAAUAAUGUUUUACUCAACUAUUCUGAGAAAUUAGUGUACUUUAUGCCGGAGGGAUCGAAAGGGUCGGUAGUGGUGAAUAGCUACUAUUUAAACUCUAUGAUGGUAAACUGUUCUGGAUAUGAAUGUCAUGGUAUUAUGUUGUUAACUACUGGUGUUUCGGGUGAUGACCAAAGCUUAGAGCAAACUUCGGUUGUUUGUGAAUUUCCUUAG